AUGGGAAAAACUAAGGAUAUCAGAUCUCCAAAUCGACUGGCCGACGAGUUGUACUUUCUUGAUGAUACAAUCUCAUUUACAGUUGAGGAAUUAUCGAGAGUGCCAGCUGAAGUUCUGGGAAGGAGCAGCCAUGGGACAUCUUACCGGGCAACACUAGACAAUGGGUUGUCCUUGACUGUGAAGUGGUUGAGGGAAGGAGUUGUAAAACCAAGAAAGGAAUUUGCUAAAGAGGCGAAGAGAUUUGCAAAUAUAAGACAUCCAAACGUGGUUGGAUUGAGAGGGUACUACUGGGGAUCUACACAGCACGAGAAGCUCAUUCUUUUAGAGUACAUAUCUCCUAGAAGUCUUAUGAGUUUCUUAUAUGGAUUACACUGCACUCUUCUGUCCUGCCAAGUAUUUUGCUGCUAA